AUGACGAAACUUCUGCUUCGACCACUCAGCGAGGCCGUCCUCGCGCCACACUUGCGCCAGGCAGUCAUCCCUCAUCGGAGCUAUGCCACGACCACCUCCGGCAAGUCGACCUCGGCGCCCGGCUCUAAACGCCGGUCCGUAACGCCCUUCAACGACAAUGGGCACGUGCCCUGGAGCGAGCUCUCGGCGGGAGAGAAAGCCGGACGCGCAACCCAGCAAUCCUUCAACUUCGGCAUGGUGUUGGUUGGCAUCGCGAUGACGGGCGGCGUGGGCUAUCUCCUGUACACCGACGUCUUCUCGCCAGACAGCAAAACUGCGUACUUCAACCGGGCCGUGGACAGGAUCAAGAAGGACCCGGAUUGUGUUGGUCUACUCGGUGAUGCAAAGCAGAUCACAGCUCAUGGCGAAGAAACGGCGAACAAGUGGCGUCGAGCAAGACCCAUCGCCUCAACGCUCAAGAAUGAUCCGCAAGGCAAUCAACACCUGCAGAUGCAUUUCUAUGUCCACGGACCGCUCAACAGCGGGACUGUGAGUGUACAUUUGAUCAAGCGGGUCGGCUCCGACGAGUUCAAGUACAAGUAUUUCUUCGUCGACGUCAAGGGCCACUCAAGGAUAUAUCUUGAAAAUGCCGACGCCAAGACCGACUCCGGAGACGGCAAAUUCAAGCUCUUCGGUGUCAACUGGAAGUGA